AAAAGAAUAUCACUAGAGACAUCAGAUUAGCUUACGGUGUGUGGUUCCAGAAGUUUCUGAAUUUCUCUAAAGUUACUUUGAAGUCUCUGGUUUCUACUUGUACAACGCUGAUUCAAACCUACCUAUCUCCCACAUAAAGUCUAACUCAGGUUACUAUCCCUUUCUUCUUGCUUAUAGUUUGUUAUUUUCUGCUUAUAGUUUAUUGUUUAUGGUUCUAUUUAAUAUCAAUUUAGUGUCUCUCAACCAGUUUUUUGGUUUGUGGACUUAUAUUACCUUGAAAUAAGGUAAUGUCUUCUUUAAGAAAUCGGGUAUUCUGAUUAGGUAUUCUGAUUAGGUAUUCUAUUAUGAUGAUAGCUAUUUAUUAUCUUGACAGAAUUCCUUAGUACCUGAUAGAGAAACCAAGAAGCAUUUGUUUAGCUUAAUUAAGACAUGGAUAAGACAUGGAUGAAUUCAAACCGAUUGUCGAAAGAGUACGAGAAAGGGGUAUAGGAAUUCGUUGAGUUUGCGGUUGCGCACUCCGAAGACCCGCUUCGAAUGCCGUGUCCUUGCUUGGGUUGCUGUUAUGGGGGUAAGGUUGACGGGAAUAAGUUGACAUCCCAUUUACUACGGUUUGGAAUUGAUAGAAGUUAUACAUGUUGGACAAUGCAUGGUGAGAAAAGUAACGGGAAUGCUGAGUCGAGUUGUAAUAGGAAGUAUGCUUCAAACGACGAUUGCACAGACACAUACGAGUGCGAUCGAGUCGAAGAGAUUGCAGAAGCGCUUGAAGAAGAUCUUGAGGAUUGUCCCAAAAUGUUUGAGAGGUUGGUAAGCGAUGCAGAGAAACCAUUGUAUGAUGGUUGUUCAAAAUUCACAAGAUUGUCUGCGGUGUUAAAGUUGUACAACUUAAAGGCGGACACUGGAUGGUCGGAUAAAAGUUUCACAGAGUUAUUAGCCCUUAUGAAAGAUAUGCUACCAAAGGAUAAUGUUCUUCCCAAUCGAACGUAUGAAGCCAAAAAGAUGUUGUCCUCUAUUGGCAUGAGCUAUGAUAAGAUACAUACAUGUCCAAACGAUUGCGUUUUGUUUCGAAACGAGUAUGCAGCGUUGAAUGAGUGUCCUAAAUGUGGUGCCCCUCGAUAUAAGAAAAAGUUAUCUCCUGCUAAAGUCUUAUGGUAUUUUCCUAUAAUUCUGAGAUUUAGACGCAUGUAUCGUAGUGAGACCGAUUCAAGACACUUGACUUGGCAUGCAGAUGAAAGAAUUAUUGAUGGAAAGUUGCGACAUCCGGCAGACUCACCACAAUGGAUGAAAGUUGAUACUGAUUAUCCUGAAUUUGGAAAAGAAGCAAGAAACCUUCGGUUGUCAUUGUCUACUGAUGGAAUGAACCCGCAUGGUAUUCAAAGUAUCUCGCAUAGCACAUGGCCUGUGAUUCUUAUGAUUUAUAACCUACCUCCGUGGCUAUGUAUGAAGCGUAAGUACAUGAUGUUAUCUAUGCUAAUUUCUGGGCCUAAACAACCAGGGAAUGACAUAGACGUAUACUUGGCACCCUUAAUCGAAGAUUUAAAGUUUUUGUGGGAGAACGGUGUGGAGGUUUACGAUGGGUAUAGGAAGGAAAGUUUCAACUUGAGGGCGAUGUUGUUUGGAACAAUUAAUGAUUUUCCAGCAUACGGAAAUCUAUCCGGGUACAGCAAUAAAGGUCAAAAGGCGUGUCCUGUUUGUGAAGACGAAACCGAUACGACACGAUUGGAGCUUUGUCAGAAGAAUGUCUUUCUCGACCAUCGUAGAUUCUUAAAUUCUAAUCAUCACUACCGUGGGUGGAGAAAAGCAUUCAAUGGAAAGGCCGAACAUGGUACAGCCCCGCCUUUUUUGUCAGGUGAUCAAAUUUUUGAAAAGGUGAAAGAUAUGAGCACUCAGUUUGGCAAGCCUUUUGCACAUUCACUUGUCAAGGGUGGGUGGAAGAAGAAGUCAAUUUUUUUUGAACUUCCAUAUUGGAAGUCGUUGUACGUAAGACAUUUCCUGGAUGUUAUGCAUAUUGAAAAAAAUGUAUUUGACAGCGUCAUAGGUACGUUACUCAAUAUACAAGGAAAGUCUAAGGAUGGCCUUAACAUAAGGAAGGACAUGGUAAACAUGGGAAUGAGAACUGAAUUGGGACCCGUGACGAAAGGAAGACGAACAUAUCUGCCACCUGCUGUUUACACUCUAUCUAGAAAGGAGAAGAAAACAUUGUGUAAGUUCCUCAGUGAAGUUAAAGUUCCAGAAGGCUACUCUUCAGAUAUUAGAAGACUUGUGUCCAUGAAAGACCUCAAGUUAAAGAGUUUGAAGACGCAUGAUUGCCAUGUUAUAAUGGAACAUUUUUUACCAAUAGGUAUACGUUCUAUUCUGCCAGAAAAAGUAAGAAGCGCAAUAACUAAGCUGUGUUUCUUCUUCAGGUCUAUUUGCAGUAAGGUGGUCGAUCCCGCGAUCUUACCAACAUUGCAAAAAGAGAUAGUUGUUACUUUAUGUGAUCUUGAAAUGUAUUUUCUUCCCUCGUUUUUUGACAUAAUGGUUCAUCUAGUCGUUCAUCUUGUGAAAGAGACACAAUUGUGCGGACCAGCUUAUAUGAGAUGGAUGUACCCUGCUGAACGUUAUAUGAAAAUAUUAAAAGGGUACGUGAAAAACAGAAGUCGACCGGAGGGUUGUAUUGCCGAACGAUACGUUGUUGAAGAAGCGGUUGAGUUUUGUACUGAAUAUCUGUCAAAUGUUCAAUCAAUUGGACUCCCCAAAUCUCAUAUUGUCGAAAAAAAAGAAGGAAAAAGGCUAAUUGGAAAUAAAGUUGUGACAGUAUCAAUGGUCGAACGGGAUCAAGCGCACUUGUAUGUUCUGCACAAUGAGAUUGAGGUUGAGUCGUAUGUUGAAAUGCACAAGGUUGUUCUCCGAGAUUUAAAUCCAAAUAGAAAUGAGAGCUGGAUAGUACGAGAGCACAAUCGAAGUUUCAUACCGUGGUUUAGGGAUCAUAUUUAUUCAAAGUAUCGUUCAGAUCCUGCUUCAGUAACAUAA